CUUCCUUCACUUCCUCCACAUGUCUCUGGAUUGGGCCUCUCGCUCCCCACGCCUCGUGGGCCGUGGACCAGAGCAUAUAAAGAGGCCACAGACAGCUGUGGCAGUGGACCGAAAACAACUGUGCGCGACUGAGGGCAACAUGACUUCAGCAAUGUGGGGACUGCUCUGUUUCAUUGGCGUCCUGGCGUCGGGAACUCUGGGAACUCUCCCACAGUUUGGGUCACACGACCGGCAGAUUCACUCAAUUAGGCCAUUAAUCCCGCGGGUGUCCCCGCAAGUCCCUCCGAGGGUCAAGCAGCCGUUUGAAGAUGCCAAAUCUAACGAACAAACCUCUGACGAAGAACCAAGUUCUGAAACCUUUCAAGAGGUCCAGCUGGGGGAUCACACAGCUACCGACAACCACCUGAAGCAGGGGAGACGCAGAACUGACGACGGAGCUGGUGGCACUAAUUCCAGGUUUUAUCGCUAUCAGCCCUCCCACCACCAGCCGCCAAAGAGAAGCCAGCCGCUCUCACAGCUGCAACGCACAGCUGCACCAUUUGCAUCCUGGCAGCCUGCUGGAGACUCGAGUGGCUCUCCUGCAUCCAUCAGAACGGCCGCAGCAACAAGGUCCAACUGCAGAAAUCGGCCUAUAGACUUGGUCUUCAUUAUAGACAGCUCCCGCAGUGUACGCCCCGCUGAGUUUGAAAAGGCCAAAGAGUUCCUGCAAGACAUGGUGGACAGCUUGGAGAUCGGCUCAGAUGCCACGCGAGUCGGCCUCGUCAAUUAUGCCAGCACAGUGCAGAUAGAGUUUCUGCUGAAGACGUAUUUUGACAAGUCUGCCCUGAAGCAGGCACUGGCCCGUGUUGAGCCCCUCGCUUCGGGCACCAUGACAGGCAUGGCCAUCAAGACUGCCAUGGAGAAAGCUUUCACCACGAAGGCAGGGGCCCGAGUUAGCUCCAUGAAUAUCGCCAAAGUAGCCAUCAUUGUGACAGACGGGAGGCCCCAGGACAAGGUAGAGGAUGUAUCAGCAGCAGCUCGGGCAUCUGGGAUCGAGAUCUACGCAGUGGGAGUAGACAGAGCUGAUAUGAUGUCCCUCCGCCUCAUGGCCAGCCACCCACAUGAUGACCAUGUCUUUUAUGUGGAGACCUAUGGUGUCAUAGAGAAGCUCACUUCCAAAUUUAGGGAAACCUUGUGUGGUAAGGAUGCUGAUAAUGGGAGUGCGGAUAUUCCAUUAGAUGGCCGAAUUGAUGAUUAUGGACUAGACCUAGAUGGCAGAAAAGACGGUAAUGGAAUAAAUAAUGAAAAUGACGAUAAAGGAAACAACGGUUUGGAUGCAUGUGCUCAGGGACACAAUUGCCAGCACAUUUGUGUCAACGAUGGCAACUCAUACAACUGCAAAUGUCGUGCGGGCUAUGUCUUGAACCCGGACGAGAAAACAUGCUCACGUUCGGAUGCAUGUGCCCAUGGACAUAACUGCCAGCAUAUUUGUAUCAACAAUGGUGACUCAUACAGCUGCAAGUGUCGAGUGGGAUAUGUGUUGAAUGCAGACCAGAAAACAUGCUCACGUUCAGAUGCAUGUGCCCAAGGACAUGACUGCCAACAUAUUUGUGUCAGCAAUGGUGACUCGUACAUCUGCAAAUGUCAAGAGGGAUAUGUGUUGAAUGCAGACCAGAAAACAUGCUCACGUUUGGAUUCAUGUUCCCAGGAACAUGACUGCCAGCAUAUUUGUGUCAGCACUGAUAAUUCAUACAUCUGUAAAUGUCGAAUGGGAUAUGUGUUGAAUGCAGACCAGAAAACAUGCUCACGUAAGAACCUGGACCUUUCAGAGUUGGAUGCAUGUGCCCAGGGACAUGACUGCCACCAUAUUUGUGUCAAAAAUGGCGAUUCUUACCUUUGUAUGUGUCACGAGGGAUAUGUGUUGAACGCAGACAAGAAAACAUGCUCACGUUCACCUACAUGUGCCCAGGGAAAUGACUGCCAGCAUGUUUGUGUAAACACUGAUGAUUCUUACAUCUGCAAGUGUCAUUUGGGAUAUGUAUUGAAUGCCGACCAGAAAACAUGCUCACGUUCUGCUUCUUGUCUUCAUGGACAUGAUUGCCAGCACAUUUGUGAAAACGAUGAUGACUCGUACAUCUGCAAGUGUCGAGCGGGAUAUAAGUUAAAUGCAGACCAAAAAACAUGCUCACGUUCAGAUACUUGUGCUCAGGGACAUGACUGCCAACAUAUUUGUGUCAGCAAUGGUGACUCGUACGUCUGCAAAUGUCAAGUGGGAUAUGUGUUGAAUGCAGACCAGAAAACAUGCUCACGUUCGGAUGCAUGUGCCCAGGGACAUGACUGCCAGCAUAUUUGUGUCAAAAAUGGCGAUUCUCACCUUUGCAUGUGUCAUGAGGAAUAUGUGUUGAAUGCAGACCAGAAAACAUGCUCACGUUCUGAUCCAUGUGCCCAUGGACAUGAUUGCCAGCACAUUUGUAUAAACAGUGAUGAUUCGUACAUCUGCAAGUGUCGAGUGGGAUAUAUUUUGAAUCCAGACAAGAAAACAUGCUCACGUUCAGACAGAUGUGCCCAGGAACAUGACUGCCAGCAUAUUUGUGUCAGCACUGAUGAAUCGUUUGUCUGCAAGUGUCAAAUGGGAUAUGUGUUGAAUGCAGACCAGAAAACAUGCUCACGAUCGGAUGCAUGUGCCCAGGGACAUGACUGCCAACACAUUUGCGUCAACAGUGAUGACUCGUAUAUCUGCAAGUGUCGUGUGGGAUAUGUAUUGAAUGCAGACCAGAAAACAUGCUCACGUUCAGGUUCGGAUCCAUGUGCCCAUGGACAUGACUGCCAACAUAUUUGUGUCAAAAAUGGCAAUUCUCACCUUUGCAUGUGUCAUGAGGAAUAUGUGUUGAAUGCAGACCAGAAAACAUGCUCACGUUCUGAUCCAUGUGCCCAUGGACAUGAUUGCCAGCACAUUUGUAUAAACAGUGAUGAUUCGUACAUCUGCAAGUGUCGAGUGGGAUAUAUUUUGAAUCCAGACAAGAAAACAUGCUCACGUUCAGACAGAUGUGCCCAGGAACAUGACUGCCAACAUAUUUGUGUCAGCACUGAUGAAUCGUUUGUCUGCAAGUGUCAAAUGGGAUAUGUGUUGAAUGCAGACCAGAAAACAUGCUCACGAUCGGAUGCAUGUGCCCAGGGACAUGACUGCCAACACAUUUGCGUCAACAGUGAUGACUCGUAUAUCUGCAAAUGUCAUGUGGGAUAUGUAUUGAAUGCAGACCAGAAAACAUGCUCACGUUCAGGUUCGGAUCCAUGUGCCCAGGGACAUGACUGCCAGCAUAUUUGUGUCAACAAUGGGAACUCAUACAUCUGCAAGUGUCGAGUGGGAUAUGUGUUGAACAUGGAUCAGAAAACAUGCUCACGUUCAGAUGCAUGUGCUCAGGGACAUGACUGCCAGCAUAUUUGUAUCAACAGUGGUGACUCAUACAACUGCAAGUGUCAAGUGGGAUAUGUGUUGAAUGCAGACCAGAAAACAUGCUCACAGGAAAUGAGAAGUGAAAUAACUCAAGAUGCCUGCAUGUGUGAAGCUCAGAUUGUGUUCCAGAAAAAAGUACAGUCAACCAUCCAGGAGCUGAGCAGAAAACUUGAUGAACUUUCAGACAAAGUGAACCUGAUUGAGGACCAGCAGCUGUAUUAAGAACAGCGAUGAAGAUGUCAGAAGACAUGUUCAGGACUAGCAGUGUAUCCAGUUUUUUUUGACCAGCCGAAGUCAUCUGUAACCCUCAAAAUCUCUUAAUGUUUCAGUAAAAAUGUCUAAGAUGAUCUGCAUGGUAUUGAUUUCUCGUGCUGUAUACUGUUAGCAUUACUGUUGCGUAUUAUAAGACUGCAUUUUGCUUUCACAACACUGUCUGUUAUUACGUCUUACAGUAAAGUCAGGUAUAACUGGUGUAAAUGUUUACAUAUACCUGUAUUUUUGCAAGAAAACCUACAUUUCCUCUUAACAGUGUAAGCCAUUGAGUUGAGACUCAAACUAUGUAGGAUAAUUAGGGAAGUUAUAGAACAGUUAGAAGUGCUAACUUCUAAAACAAUAUAUGAAAAAUUGUUCAACAUGUUAAAAGUUUACUUUUUUUGUGGAGAAAGAUCCUUGUUGUGUAUUCAUUGCUCCGAUCAGUGUUCUUGUGUUCUUGGUAGAACACAAAGCCUCCAUCCAUAACCAUAACACAACAACUAAUCUCUUAUACAACAAGAGCAUUGUUGUUACCCUUCUGAUUGCAGCACUAUUACGCAGAGAAAAUACCCAAAUAAAGCCUGAUCCAAUUGGCCCAUAGCAGUGUUAUACAGUGUUCACAGUGAAUUACUAUAAUCCUUCGCUUUGAUACCUGAAAUAUUUCAACAACUUUAUUGCACAACACUGAUUGGUAGUUAUUGUUUUGUUUGUAAUAGACAGCUAAGAUUGCUUUGGUGGGAGAGGAAAAAGAGUUUAGGGAGUUCAAGGGUGAUUGGACCGCUUCAGUACUUUGCACACUUGGCAAGUAUUGGACCAAGACUUUCUGGUAGCAGUCUGGUUUCAGUGCACUAAGUUUUGAAACCUUGAGAUUUUGAGCUAAGAUCCACUCAGUUUUUGUAACCAGUUUAAACAGUAUUUAACUGUACAGUAUUUUAUUCAUAUAAUACAUACAUGUAGCCUAUACUGUAUUUUCUACUUUGUCAUAGCCAUGGAACACAAGUGAAACAAAGUGAAAUGAUUUGUGGUGUAGGGGUCUUUGUGUAAACUGACAGCAUGACAUAUUUUGGUGCUUUUGUGAUAGAAAACAACUUGCCUGUAUAUUUUUAUUGGAAGUAUAGUUGCACAUGGAAAAUAAAUAUUCUGAAACAAUG